AUGAAUCCGCAAUGUUCUAAAUGUAAAGUAGCAAUGAGGAAAUAUAACUAUUCAGUAAAAGAGAUAGAAAGAAUGAGAAACGACUAUGCAGAUUUAAAGAGGGAGGCAGAGAAGCCGGUAGAAGAUAAAAUGGACAUGUUAGCAUUUCUGAACAAAAACUAUCCAACUGCUGACGAUUUCCUUCUAUCUGAUGUCAAGAAGAAGUAUAAAGAAACUUUCGGCAUUGUUAAAAUUUUUGAUAUCCUCAGCGAAGAAAUAGAAGCUACAAAACUGUUUAGAAUCUCACGAAUUCAUAACGUUUACCAUGUAAAACGGUUAUAA